CGGAGCGCAGCGCUGGGACUCGGACUGGGGGUGGGGAGAGGAGCCCCGGCCGAGGCGAGGGCCCCCCCUGGUCCUCUGUCCUCGCGCCCCGCCAGGGCCAGUCUCCCAGGACUGAGGACAAGAAGAUGAAGAUUGCAUAGCACAUCCUUGGACCUGUCUGCCUGAGGAAAGUCUGGCUCAGCUCAACUCCAGUGUUCCUUCUGUGGCAAAGCCUCCUCUGACUCAGUCUCCCCUGUAUUAGGGACAUCUGGGGAAUUUCCCUGUGGGACACAUGUCUAUUUCACCAAUACAGAAGGAAGAAGGAAGGUAGGAACCCAUGUUACUUGAAGAUACUGUGAACAUGAUGGCUUUAUUAAACAACAUGCUAAAAAUUGUGAAACGGCUAACCUCAGACAAAGCCUCCCCAAAGUAUCCUUCAACCAGAAGCCAGAGGAUAGGUUACGUCAGUGAAUGUGAUACACGCAGGUCAACCUCCUGGAACUGAGCAGGGUGCAAAAAAGCUUUAAACAAGUAAAAUCUAGGCAAGAGGCUCCCUGAAGUGUCGACAACCCACCUUAAUCAUGAACGUGAUUCAAAAAUGUUAAUAUAUAAACCAAGACCAUGGGGAAUUCAUAUGCUGGGCAACUGAAAUCUGCUAGAUUUGAGGAAGCUCUCCACAACUCCAUAGAAGCCUCUCUCAGAUGUAGUAGUGUGGUACCUCGGCCAAUUUUUUCCCAGCUGUACUUGGACCCUGACCAGCAUCCUUUCUCAUCCACAGAUGUAAAACCCAAAGUGGAAGAUCUCGAUAAAGAUUUGGUACACCGCUACACUCAAAAUGGAAGCCUGGAUUUUUCUAACAAUCUAACAGCUAAUGAAAUGGAAGAUGAUGAAGAUGAUGAAGAAAUGUCUGAUUCAAAUAGCCCACCAAUACCCUAUUCACAAAAACCUGCCCCAGAAGGGUCUUGCACUACAGAUGGUUUUUGUCAAGCUGGAAAGGAUUUGCGUUUGGUAUCUCUGUGUAUGGAACAAAUCGACAUCCCAGCAGGAUUCCUUCUGGUUGGGGCUAAGUCUCCCAAUCUCCCUGAACACAUCCUUGUGUGUGCUGUAGACAAGCGAUUUCUACCAGAUGAUCAUGGAAAAAAUGCACUUUUAGGGUUUUCUGGAAACUGCAUUGGCUGCGGAGAAAGAGGAUUUCGGUAUUUCACAGAAUUUUCCAACCACAUUAACUUGAAGCUCACCACACAGCCAAAGAAGCAGAAGCACUUAAAGUACUACCUAGUCAGAAGCUCCCAAGGUGUGCUGUCAAAGGGACCGCUUAUCUGCUGGAAAGAAUGUAGAAGCCGACAAUCCACCACUGCUUGCCAUUCUAUUAAACCAAACUCUUCAGUGUCAUCAACUGUGACCUCAGAAAAUGGCACAACAAAUGGAUAUAAAUCAGGAUUCAUUCAGACAGAUUCACCGAUUCUCAAUCCAGCUAACUCUGCAAUCAAUUUGAGUGGCGCUCAGGACCUGACCCGGAAUAAGAAUGUUGUGAAACCACUAGCUCUAUCUUUACAGGUUGUAGGGAAGACUUUUGCUGCAGAUGCUGCGAAUGGAAACAGUAGCCAUGGAGGGAAGAGCAGUGCAUCAAGCUCAACUCCCGCACGUCCAGGAAAUUAUUCUUUGUCACCAAGACCUAGCUAUGCCUCAGGAGACCAAGCUGCCAUGUUCAUUUCCGGACCACCAAAGAAACGACACCGAGGAUGGUAUCCUGGGUCACCUGUGACCCAACCUGGUUUAGUUGUACCUGUUCCUGCAGUUCGCCCUCUUUCAAGAACUGAAUCCCUUUUAUCUGCCCCAGUUCCACAGACGCCAUUAACUGGAAUUUUACAACCUCGACCCAUUCCUGCAGGGGAAACUGUAAUUGUUCCUGAAAACUUGCUGAGUAACUCAGGAGUUAGACCAGUAAUUUUGAUAGGCUAUGGCACUUUACCGUACUUCUAUGGAAAUGUUGGUGACAUUGUUGUCAGUCCUCUGCUGGUGAACUGCUACAAGAUUCCACAGUUGGAAAACAAAGAUUUGGAACAAUUAGGGUUGACUGGCAGCCAACUCCUGAGUGUGGAAAGCAUGAUUCUUCUGACAAUACAGUAUCUUGUGCGACUGGGUCCUGAUCAGAUACCUCUCAGGGAAGAAUUUGAGCAAAUUAUGCUGAAAGCUAUGCAGGAAUUUACUCUGCGAGAGAGAGCCCUGCAGAUGGGUGCUCAGUGUGCACCUGUGUCACCAGGACAGCUCCCUUGGCUUGCUCGGUUAAUUGCCAGUGUAUCUCAAGACUUGGUUCAUGUGAUUGUGACCCAAAACUCUUUGGCAGAGGGCAUUUCAGAGACUUUGAGGACUCUCAGUGAAAUGAGACACUACCAAAGGCUACCAGAUUAUGUUGUGGCAAUUUGUGCAUCAAAAAUCAGAGGAAAUGAAUUUUGUGUGGUAGUAUUAGGUCAGCAGCAGUCCAGAGCUCUGGCAGAGAGCAUGCUCACCACAAGUGAGUUUUUGAAAGAAAUUAGUUAUGAGCUCAUCACGGGAAAGGUCAGUUUCCUGGCAUCGCAUUUCAAAACCACAUCAUUAGGCGAUGAUCUGGACAAGCUGCUAGAAAAAAUGCAACAAAGAAGAGGAGACAGUGUGAUUACUCCUUUCAAUGGAGAUCUUAAUGAAUGUGUAUCACCUCAGGAGGCGGCUGCAAUGAUUCCUACACAAAACCUGGAUUUAGAUAAUGAAACCUUCCAAAUUUAUCAACCGCAGCUAACAGUUGCCAGAAAACUCUUAUCCCAGGUGUGUGCUAUCGCAGAUAGUGGUAGCCAGAGCCUGGAUCUUGGCCACUUCAGCAAAGUAGACUUCAUCAUCAUUGUCCCAAGAUCAGAGGUUCUGGUCCAGCAAACUCUUCAAAGAAUUCGACAAUCAGGUGUCCUUGUAGACUUGGGUCUGGAGGAAACUGGGACAGCUUAUCAGAGAGCGGAGAAAUAUGUUGUUCGUCUGGACAAUGAGAUUCAAACCAAGUUUGAAGUUUUUAUGAGAAGGGUGAAACAGAACCCUUACACACUGUUUGUGCUGGUCCAUGACAACUCCCAUGUGGAACUAACGAGUGUCAUUUCUGGCUCUUUGUCACAUGGUGAGCCCAGUCAUGGAUUGGCUGACAGAGUUAUUAAUUGCAGAGAAGUACUCGAAGCUUUCAAUCUCCUGGUGCUCCAGGUUAGCUCUUUCCCAUACACUCUACAGACCCAACAGUCCCGAAUCAGCUCCAGCAAUGAGGUUCACUGGAUACAGUUGGACAACAUGGAGGACAUGACCUGCGAGGAGAAGCUGUACUUUGGUUUGAAUGAGUACAGUAAGUCCCUGCAAUGGGGAAUCACAAGCCCACUUCUGAGAUGUGACGAAACUUUUGAAAAAAUGGUGAACACGCUCCUGGAGAGGUACCCCAGGCUGCACAGCAUGGUCAUCCGCUGCUACCUUCUCAUCCAGCAGUACUCGGAGGCUCUGAUGGCUCUCACUACCAUGGCAUCUCUUCGAGACCACAGCACACCAGAAACACUCAGCAUUAUGGAUGACCUCAUCAGCUCACCAGGAAAAAACAAGAGUGGAAGGGGACACAUGCUCAUUAUCAGGGUGCCCUCUGUGCAGCUGGCGAUGUUAGCCAAGGAGCGGCUGCAGGAGGUGCGUGACAAGCUGGGUCUACAGUACCGCUUUGAGAUCAUCCUUGGGAAUCCUGCCUCUGAACUCAGUGUUGCAACUCACUUUGUGGCACGAUUAAAGACUUGGAGAGGAAAUGAACCAGAAGAGUGGAUCCCUCGGACAUAUCAAGAUUUGGAAGGUCUGCCUUGUAUUGUGAUAUUAACUGGCAAAGAUCCUCUUGGAGAAACAUUUCCCAGGUCUUUGAAAUACUGUGACCUCCGGUUAAUUGAUUCAAGUUAUUUAACCCGCACUGCCUUGGAGCAAGAAGUGGGUCUAGCAUGCUGCUAUGUAUCAAAAGAGGUCAUCCGGGGACCUGCGGUUGCCCUGGACCUUAGCGGGAAGGAGCAGGAGAGAGCUGCCAUUAGCGAGAAUGACACCGAUGAACUGCUGAUUGACCUGGAAAGGCCCCAGAGCAACAGUAGUGCUGUCACUGGAACCUCAGGCUCCAUCAUGGAGAAUGGAGUGAGCUCCUCCAGCAUGGCCGACAAGUCUCAGAAGCCGUCCCUGACCCCCAACUUCCAAAGCCCAGCCAACAGCGUGGGGCUGGAUGAAGGGGUCUCCGCGGGCACAGCGGGCGCUGGAGAGACUCUGAAGCAGGAGUGUGAUUCCCUGGGUCCCCAGAUGGCCAGCAGCACCACCUCCAAGCCUUCGUCCUCCUCCUGCUCGGGGGCGCGGGCCCUCCCGUGGCCAGGCCAGCCUGUCCCCGGCUGCAGGAGCCUGCACGGUGCCCUGCCCCCGAUCGUCAUCUUAUCCAAGGCGGCCUACGGUCUCCUGGGCGCCCAGCGGGGAGGCAAGGUGCCUGCCUCGGCGGCGCUGCUACCCCACGCGGACGUGGCCUGGGUGAGCUCCCUGCGGCCGUUCCUGCACAAGGACAUGAGCAGCGAGGAGCAGUCCCUGUACUACCGCCAGUGGACCGCGGCGCGCCAGCACCACGCCGACUACGGCAACCAGCCGGACCCCGCCUCGGGGGCCCGGACCUGCCACCCGCGGCGGCUGCUGCUGACUGGGCCCCCCCAGGUGGGAAAGACCGGCUCCUAUUUGCAGUUCCUUAGGAUCCUCUUCCGCAUGCUCAUCAGGCUCCUGGAGGUGGAUGUGUAUGAUGAGGGAGACAUCAACACCGAUCACAGUGAGAGCAGUGAAGUAAGCCAGUCAGAGGGAGAGCCCUGGCCUGACAUCGAGACCUUCAGCAAAAUGCCCUUUGACGUCAGUGUGCAUGAUCCCAAGUACAGUUUGAUGAGCCUGGUGUAUACUGAGAAGCUAUCCGGGGUCAAAAAAGAAGCAAUAAAGGAACCCAAAGUUGAAGAACCCAGGAAACGAGAAACGGUGUCCAUGAUGCUGACCAAGUACGCAGCGUACAACACCUUCCACCACUGCGAGCAGUGCCACCAGUACAUGGACUUCACCUCUGCUUCCCAGAUGUCAGAUUCCACCCUUCAUGCAUUUACCUUCUCUUCCUCCAUGCUGGGAGAAGAGGUGCAGCUCUAUUUCAUCAUUCCUAAAUCCAAAGAGAGUCAUUUUGUCUUCAGCAAGCAGGGCAAACACCUGGAGAGCAUGCGGCUGCCCCUGGUUUCAGACAAGAAUUUGAAUGCAGUGAAGAGCCCUAUUUUCACUCCUUCCAGUGGUCGCCAUGAGCAUGGACUCCUAAAUCUUUUUCACGCCAUGGAGGGCAUCAGCCACCUUCACCUUCUGGUGGUCAAAGAAUACGAGAUGCCGCUGUACCGCAAGUACUGGCCCAACCACAUCAUGCUGGUGCUUCCGGGCAUGUUCAAUAAUGCAGGCGUGGGUGCGGCCAGAUUUCUCAUUAAGGAGCUCUCAUAUCACAACCUGGAACUAGAGAGGAACCGCCUGGAAGAGCUGGGAGUUAAACGCCAGUGUGUCUGGCCUUUCAUCGUCGUGAUGGACGACUCAUGUGUCCUGUGGAACAUUCACAGUCUUCAGGAGCAGACCAGCCAGCCCAUGGAAACAGGAGUUUCUAGUAAGAAUGUGUCCUUGAAGAGUGUCUUGCAGCAUAUUGAAGCAACACCAAAAAUCAUUCACUAUGCAAUCCUGGGCAUACAGAAAUGGAGCAGCAAGCUGACUUCCCAGAGCCUGAAGGCCCCCUUCUCGAGGUGCCAUGUGCAUGACUUCAUUCUCCUUAACAUAGAUUUGACUCAGAAUGUGCAGUAUGACUUCAACAGGUAUUUCUGUGAAGAUGUCGACUUCAACCUGAGAACAAACAGUAGUGGCCUACUCAUCUGCCGUUUUAAUAACUUCAGCCUCAUGAAGAAACAUGUUCAGGUUGGAGGGCAGAGGGACUUUAUCAUCAAACCAAAGAUCAUGGUGUCAGAGAUCCUGGCACCCAUCUUGCCCCUUCAGUAUGUCUGUGCUCCAGACAGUGAACACACGCUACUGGCAGCCCCCGCGCAGUUUCUCCUGGAGAAGUUUCUUCAGCAUGCUUCAUACAAACUCUUCCCCAAAGCCAUCCAUAACUUCAAGAGUCCUGUGUUGGCCAUUGACUCCUACCUUAACAUUGGACCAGAGGUGGCUAUAUGCUACAUCAGCUCCAGGCCCCACUCCAGCAAUGUCAACUGUGAGGGGGUGUUUUUCAGUGGACUUCUCUUGUACCUCUGUGACUCUUUUGUAGGUGCUGAUCUUCUUAAGAAAUUUAAGUUUCUAAAAGGUGCUACCCUGUGUGUCAUCUGCCAAGACAGAAGCUCCUUACGCCAAACAAUUGUCCGCUUAGAACUAGAGGAUGAGUGGCAGUUCCGCCUCCGGGAUGAGUUUCAAACUGCUAACAGCAGUGAUGACAAGCCCCUCUACUUUCUCACUGGACGUCAUGUAUGAGCUUUCGAGAGACGGAAAGUAGUAAAGGGAUGGUGGGGUGGGGCAGAAACAAAUUAUUUUUUCCUUUAAAGUACAAUCACUGUGGAGCAAAGUGCAACAUAUUUGUCUAUUCUCCAAAGAAUCCCCCCCAAAUCUGACCUAGGUUUUUUGGGGGCAUCAUUCUCCUUCAGUUCUAAUUUCAGGACCUUAAAUCCAGGUUAACUCCACCCUAGGCAGUUAUGCAAUUCCUUAAGACAAGGCCUGCCCAUGGGAGCCUGAGGACAUACUUUGGAGAACAAACAUGAAUGAAAUUUGCAUUGUUUUUAUCUACAACACUAAGUUAGGAGGAAAUCUGACGCUCAGCAUUAGCUAGCCUGAAUGUGUUACAUGAGACUCACACCAUUGGUGUGGAAUUAAUUGAAGAUUAACGUUUGAGGCCUGAACCCUCAGUUUCUCUUCAGAGCUGUACUUUGGUACAGCAUUUUACUCAGGGGUCUGAAAUGAUAGAAUGUAGAAGAUAUUUGUAUUUAAAAAAAAAGUAGCUUUGUCUUUCUCUGUGCAGUGUUAGCUUAAGAUUUAUAAUCUUAUAUGUAUUGAAACUUUUGGCAAAAUUUCCACAGGAGUUAAAAGUUUACUAUUUAAACUGAACAAAAAACAUCAGUAAAUACAGAGCAGGCGUGUGUGCAUUUAUGCAGCUUCUUGCUUAAAUUCCUUUGCUUUUUCUAUUAAAAUGUUUGCAGUCUCUAAGCACACCAUGUCUGAGAAUAUGGAACCGUGAUUAACCUUGUACAAGGAGAACCUGACUCAAUAGUUGAGCCAAUAACUAAGAAGCUUUCAACAGUCACCCCACAACUGCCCUGUUUGGUUGAAAUGAAGUAGCUGGCACCAGCAAAGUAAAUGUCAGGCUAAGGUUCCCUGUGGAUUGGAAUUAGUUUGUUUCCUUUCAGGGAUGCAAUCAAAGCUUCCUUUAAAAGAUACACUGGAUGAAUAUUAGUUGCCUUGUACUGACAACAUAGAAAUUGCUGGAAUGGGAAAAGGCGCCACAGAAAGAAAGAGAACUGUUUUUUACAUAAUCUUACCAGUGAUUCUUUUACAAGAGAGAAGAAUCCAUUUAAAGUCCUUUUGACUCAUAAUAAUCAAGUGGGGCUGUGUCUUUAUCAACUGUAGAAGGCGUAAGUUUGUACGGAUUUCUAGAAAGUGAUGUUACAAAUUAAGUCUCUUUGGGAAGUUUACUCUUAAAUGCUUCAAUUCUCAUCAUUAAACAACACUUCAACAUUUUUCUCAUUAGCCGAAUAUACCACUUUAUUCCUCCUUAAAAUGGCUUUUUUAACUUGAAUCAAUGUCUAAUUUGUGGCCUGAAACUACAGAGAGGGGCCUACUAAGCCUACAUUUACUUAGAACAAAGAAAGUAUUAACUGACGGGCUCUACUGGCUUGUGAUAACGAGUUUACAGCUAGUGAAAAGAUGCAAUGUACUAAUCUGAAAAUGAUUUGCAGCUCUCAGUUUUAAUAUAACUACUUAUGAUGGUUUAAAUGUAUUCUGAAAUGAGUUAAUUCCUUUCAACCCUAUUUUUAAUUGUUCUUCAAAGAGAAUCUGCCUUAUAUAUAUAUAUAUAUAUAUGCUUAAAAAUAUUCCUAUUAAGUACAGCAGAAUUUUUGGCAAAGAGGUACGUUUUGAAGCAGGUUGAUUUAGAUAUGAAUGUAUUUCAGUUGUUCCUGUUUUGCUGAAAAGACCUAAUACAGAUAGUAACAAGAAACCCAUGUUUGUGCAAUAUUCCAAUGAUAAUUACUGUAUAGAGCAAAAAAAAAAAAUACUUGAAAUAAUUCCAAGCAUGUGUACCUGGGCAGAUGGCUUCUCAGGGUUUCUUCUGGCUUUAUGGCUUUAUACUCUAAGGAAAAAUUUUUUAGAGUUUACUUUAGAUGUAGGUAUUUCAGAGCUUUACUCUGAGAACUGAAAUGACUACAAUUUCUUAUAUACUAUUAAUUCUGUGGAAGAGAACUGCCAGAAUAAAGCCAAAAGGCCAUCAACCCAAUGAUAGAAAAUUCAAAUUGACCUCCUUGUCUUUCUAAUGCCUGUCUCACCAAGGUUUCUAUCUUUUAAAAUCACCUUAUCAGUAUAAUUCUUUAGAGAAUGUUAAGUCCUACUCCUUUAAGGAUAAAAUUGCACAAGCACAGGACACCACAAUUUGUUAAUACAUACCUUGGUGUGUUCAGCUUCAAGCCUUGCCAUCUCUUUAACAUUGUGGUAUGAAUGUGUUCGCUAGGCCUGCAUAAUAAUUGACCUAUAGACCUGUUGAAACUUGCCGUGGAUGCCAGUUCACACAGGUUAAUACUGAAUGUAAACUAAAAUUAGAAUGAGAAUCAUUGUAUUCAUUUUUUUUUUUGGCUGUAAUUUAUGCAAUUGCUUUCUGUGAUUUUUAGAAAAUGGGGCACCUAUGUUACUUUAUUACUGUAAAAUUUUCUUAACCAAAAUUUGGUGAAUUUCACUAGUCAGUCUACCUCACAUUUUGUUUAUGAUUCUAAAUUGUCUUAAGUUGUGUCUACACUAUGUUCUUGUCCUAUCGUUUAAUUUGGUGAAUGUAUUAAAAUUCUCUCCCCCCUCCGAAAGCUUGUUUUCUCUAAACUAAUUUUCUGGCAUUUUCAAAAACUGGAACGAGCUUUGUAACUCUGGCAAUGCCUAAGCAAGGUGAGAAAUCCAUAUAUCAAAGAUCGAAUGACAAAGAGUCUACUAUUCUGGCCUAAUAGCCCAAGUAAGUGCCAAUUAAUCGAUGAAUUAAAAUCAGUGGCUUUUACAUACAUGAAGCAGAUACAUGUACACACACACACACACACACACAAAAGCCUCUACAACCACAUGUAUUUACAGAGUUACACAUAAAGAUGACAGAUUUAAAAUUAAAGAGAUGUUAAUAU